CAAAUUUAGCAAGAUUUUUCUACACCAUAAAUAGAACUAUCUCAACAUCUUUCAGCCCACACCCUCUACCAAAAAGAAAAGAGAAAAAGAAAACGUUUCAAAGACAAUAUGGAAGCCUCAAAACUAUUGCCAACACUCUUCCUCACUCUUAUCUUCUUCUCCACCUUUUUCAAGCCUUCAUUCUCAGCUGAGCGCUGCCGCCCAAAAGACAAAAAAGUCCUCCUUCAAAUCAAGAAAGCAUUCAAAAACCCUUACACCUACAGUGAUUGGGACUCAAAAUCCGACUGCUGCGACUGGAACGAUGUGUUUUGCGAUGUGAAAACUCACCAAAUCUAUUCCCUUUCUGCAUCCAACGGCGACUUAUCUGGCCCCAUCCCACCCCAAGUCGGCGACCUUCCAUACCUCCAAAAGAUUGACUUUCACAAACUGCCUAACAUGACAGGUCCAAUCCCAUUUGCUAUUUCCAAGCUCAAAAACUUAAGGACCCUCAUGAUCACCUACACUGGGCUCACAGGUCCGGUCCCGGAUUUCCUAGGCCAAAUGAAGAACCUGGAGUAUAUUUCUCUAGCGUUCAACUCCCUCACGGGGACCAUCCCGAGAUCCAUUGCCCAGCUCCCCAAACUUGUCAUGCUCCGUCUGGACCGUAACAAGCUCACGGGACCGAUCCCGGAUACGUUUGGAGACUUCAAAGGUAUUUAUUUCAAUCUCUACCUUUCUCAUAACCAGCUCUCUGGUAAAAUACCAGCUUCAUUGGGGAGAAAGGAUUUCUCGUCUAUACACCUAUCGAGGAACAGGCUUGAAGGUGAUGCCUCAUUCUUAUUCGGAUCGGGUAAGACUCUCCAAGAGGUGGACUUGUCCAGGAACUUGUUGGAGUUUGAUCUUUCUAAAGUGAAGUUUCCCAAGAGCUUGAUAUUCAUGGAUCUUAACCAUAAUAAGAUAAUGGGUUCUAUUCCGACGGGAAUGACAGUCCCAGAGUUCCAAAUGAUUAAUGUGAGCUAUAACAGAUUGUGUGGGAAGAUUCCUAUGGGUGGAAAUUUGCAGAGGUUUGAUUACUCGGCUUAUUUCCAUAACCGGUGCUUGUGUGGAGCUCCGCUACCGAAGUGCAAGUAGCAGUAACGUAAUUAUAAUUAUAUGGUUGUGUGGAAGAAUUGUAUCUUAAUAAUGCUUCGUUGUGUUGUGUGCACAUCGAAGAAGAGUGCUGGUUGUUUGUCAUUAUUGUUAGUACUUUUGUGUCUUCUUUAAUUUGUGAGAUGUUAAAUUGUGUUUGAUUUUAAGUAAUGUUAUGUGAACAGUAAACUGUUCUAACAUUUAUUAAACGUGUUGCAUGCCAAUUUUUUCGUUUA